AUGGUCAGUCUUUACCGCCGGUUCCUACCGAACUGUGCUGAUCUCAUGUUGCCGCUCACCAACAUACUUUCUGGUCCCAAAGGUCCCCUCGAGCUGACUGGUGAAGCACUGACUGCUUUUGAGAGAAUCAAGAAUUCCCUAGAUGAUGCCACAUUACUCACACAUCCCGCUCCCGAAACCCAGCUGUCUCUGAUGGUAGAUGCUUCGACUGUAGCCGUAGGUGCAGUCCUUCAACAACACCUUGCUGGUUCGACUCAACCACUUGCCUUUUUCUCCAAAAAGCUCUUACCAGCUAAGACACGCUACAGUACCUUUGGCCGUGAAUUACUUGUCAUUUACCUGGCUGUGAAGCAUUUCCGGCAUUUCCUUGAAGGUCGUGACUUCACUGUUUUCACUGACCACAAACCGUUGACUGUUGCACUUCGUUCCCACACUGAGAAACUAAACCCCCGGGAAACCCGCCAACUGGACUACAUCUCACAGUUUACCUCAAACAUCCGCCACAUCGACGGGUCACGCAAUGAGGUGGCUGACGCAUUGUCCAGGCCCUCUAUUGCUCAUCUUCAGCUUUCACCCGGGAUAGACCUCGCUGAGAUGGCCGCUGAACAACGACGUGUCGGUUCAUCUUGUGAUGAGGAUGUUUCAGGACUACAACUUCAGGAACUACCACUGACAACUGGCAACGGCACCAUUUUAUGCGACGUAUCCACCCCUUCCCACCGUCCAUUUGUGCCACCAUCCCUCCGCCGUAAAGUUUUCUCCUCCCUGCACAAUCUCUCUCACCCUGGGAGUCGAGCAACCGACAAGCUGGUUUCCGACCACUUCGUCUGGCCUGGGAUGCACAAAGACCUGAAAGCAUGA